CGCAAGUGACGUAUAGGCAAGGGCAGUCUCGUAAAAAUAAAAAUUCCUUGCCAUCUCAGCUCUUGUGUGGAUCAGAAAAUUGCAAUUUCGGUCGGUUUAUGUUGCGAUUCGCCCAUUCAAACUCCCACUAAAAUGCGUCGGAACGCGUAGUGCCCAUCGGAAAUCAUGGCGUUUCUCUGUCCCGUGCGGAUUAGACGGGGAAAGAAGAAAAAACCCAUAGGAAGCGACAUCGACAAGGACCUAUCAAGCAGCUUAGGCUUAAACCAUGGAAUGGGCCGCAUCACCGGAUCAGCCAGCAUCGAAACUUUGGUUCGUGUGGGCAUUGAGAAGGAACACGGUCUGUCUCCGGAUAGCAAAAUGGUUGUUCUGCAUGAUUUCACUCCUUGCGUAGACGACGAACUGGAGGUCAAAAGGGGUCAAAUCGUGAACAUUCUGUACCGAGAGAACGAUUGGGUGUACGUGAUUGGUCAAGAUACUCGACAGGAGGGUUUCAUACCGCAUUCGUACUGCGCUCCGUUCAACACUCAGCUAGCGGAUUUGGCCAUCAAAAAGAAACUGCCACGUGAUGUGUCCGUUGGUUUAGCAAACAACGACCUGACGGAGGGCAUACCAGAUAUUAACAUCGAUGUUAUUGAUGACAGCACAUCGGGGUUGGUAGGACUUACCAACUCGCUGAAACACUCGCAGGCGAGUCUUAGUUCAGAGCCUGAUUUCUUGCCAUUUUCAAAAGACCCAAGCGGUCGCUAUAUUGUACUAUACACUUUUAUCGCUCGGGACGAGAACGAUGUCUCUGUCGAACGGGGCGAAUUUGUGACGGUGUUGAACCGCGAAGAUCCAGAAUGGUUCUGGAUAGUGCGAAGCGAUGGUCAAGAAGGGUUCAUCCCAUCUGGAUUUGUCUACCCUGCGGAAAACAUUCUGCAAGGCCAGGCGAAGCAAAAUCUUGCCGGAGGAAACCCUCCCAACACUAAUGGAGCAAAUGAUACGAAUUCAAGCAUACCGCAAAUGAAUGGUGGUGUGAAUAGUUUAGCUAGUAAUGGAGGGUUGAAUGUUGGUCAGCAACAGCAACAGCAGCAACAACAGCAACCGCAACAACCUGGAAUCGGAUCUGAUGAUCUACGAUACCAUGGAACUGAACUUGUUAUGCUAUAUGACUAUAAGGCACAAGCACCGGACGAUCUUUCGGUGCGACGAGGCGACUGGAUCUACGCUGACCUGAACAACCAAACUGUUGACGGGUGGCUCUGGGCGUAUGCUCCCAAAACACGAAAGUACGGAUUCAUCCCCAAAGCGUACGCACGACCGCCGGCCAUGACCAGUUUAUAAUUUGUUAAGCAAAUUAUGUUUUAAGAUAUAAAAAUAUUUUAUACAUUAAAAUAUUUGAUUGCAUGUAGAGAAUACGUUCGGCAAUUCGCUUUUCAAAUUUUAUCAAUCAACAAUAGCAAUCGCAUAUUUAAACUGUACGUUGUAAAAUGCAGAGUACUUAAUCGAAAAUAUUAUACAAGUUAAUACUCCAUUAGAUACUAAUUUUAUUAUUUUAUUUUAUACAAGAAAUAAACCAGUUUUAAUAACAUCUUCAA